AUGGGAGCCGAAGGACAAUCAAGUACUAGUUCUUCCAAAACAGAACUGCAAGAAUCAAUGACAGCUAUAGAUUAUAUUCAUCAACAAGUAGAACUAGAAAAAGAAGCCAAACGUAAAAUGCCCUAUAGUUUCGAUGAAUGUACUUAUGAAAAAGGAGAAUUAAGACAACCAAUAUUUGCAUGUUUAACAUGUUCUAAAACAAAUAAUAAUACACCAAUAGGUAUAUGUUAUUCAUGUUCUAUUCAAUGUCAUUCACAACAUGAAUUAGUUGAAUUAUUUUCCAAAAGAGCAUUUGUUUGUGAUUGUGGAACUACUAGAAUGUCUAAAACUCCAGAUGGUGCAUGUAAAUUAAGAAGACAAGAUUAUAAAAAACAACAAUCAAAUGGACAAAGAAGAAAAUCAUCAGUUAUGUCUAAUGGUUCAUCAAAUUCAAGAAGUUCAAGUCAUGUAUCAUUACCAGCUGAAGAUAUCCCAAGUUUAUCUAAUGUAUAUAAUCAAAAUUUUGAUGGUAAAUUUUGUGGAUGUAAACAACCUUAUAAUCCUUUAGAAGAAACAGGUAAUAUGAUUCAAUGCUUUUUCGGAUUUCAAUGUGGCGAAGAUUGGUUUCAUGAUAAAUGUAUAAUGGGUUUUAAACCAGAUGCUUUUAAAAAACCUACACAAAAUGAAAAUACAAGGUAUAGUAUUGGAGAAAAUAGAUUAGAUCAAUUAUCACCACCUGGAUUUGCUGCUGAACAAGGAGAUGAUGCAGCUGAAACAGUAAGUGAAGAACAACAUUCUGCUGAAUCUAAGGAAGAAGCUGGAAAAGCAUAUGAUGAUAAUGUUGAAGAAGAAACUAAAAAGAAUCAAGAAAGAGAAGAAGGAAUGAAUGAACAAGAAAUACAUGAAAUGGAAGAAGAAGAUUAUGAAAUGAUAAAAAAACUAAAAUAUUUUCCAAAUUUGGAUACUUUUGAUAGUUUUAUAUGUUGGGAUUGUGUUGAUAAAUUUAAAGAUGUCUUUAUGGAAUUUGAUAAAUAUUUCCCUAAAGUUAUAUUAGAUAAAUUACCAAGAUUUGAAGGUAUAAACACAGUAGAUGAAUGGUACAACUUAAAACAAAAAGAACAUAAACAAGACCACAAAAGAAUCAAAACUGAAUCAUCACCGUCUUCAACAACACAACAAGAAGAUUAUUCGAUUUUCUUAUCAAACGGAUUCAAAGAUCAAAUCAAAACCUCAUUACCAAACCUCAAACCAAAUUCAAAACUUUCAACAUUCCUCAAAAACAACUCAUAUCUAUACGAAGAAGAUCCAAUCUAUGAACCCCCAGAAGAUUCAAGUGAAGAAGAAUGGUCAACGACAGUAUCUUACUUAGAUAUGUGUGCAGUUGAUGCUAUACAUCAAUUACCAAGAGGUCAAGCUAUUGAAAGUAUACAAGCUUAUGAUAAAAUAAGAUCAAAGUUACGUGAUUUCUUUAAACCUUUUGCUGAACAAGGUAAGAUUGUUACUGAAGAAGAAGUUAAAAAUUUCUUUGGUGAGAUUAAAGAAGAAGAGAAAAAUACAAAAUAA